GCUGAUCACAUGUAAACACGGAAAUGCCGGUUAUCGGCAUUUCUCUCCUCUCGAGCUGUCUGAUCAUCAGGGCACUGAUGAUCAGUGUAGCCCCAGCAAUGCCACCUGUCAAAGUCCAUCAGUGCCGAUUAGUGCCAGUGCCUAUCAAUGCCACAUAUCAGUGCCCAUCUGAGCUGCCUUUCAGUGUCAUCCAUCAGUGCCAGUGCCACCUAUCAAUGCCAAUCAGUGCCACCUAUCAGUGCCAGUCAGUGCUGCCUAUUAAUGUGCAUCAGUGCCGCCUAUCAGUGUGCAUCAGUGCCGCCUAACAGUGCCAGUCAGUCCCGCCUAACAGUGCCAGUCAGUGCCUCCUAACAGUGCCAUAUAUCAGUGCUGCCUUUCAGUGCCCAUCAGUGAUGCCUGUCAAUGACCAUCAGUGCAGCCUAUCAGUGCCCAUCACUG